UGUAUACGUACUGUCUGCAUUACAGUGAAAGACUAGCGUCGUGACUUGUCCACCCACCCAUCUGUCGUUCAUGAUAAUCUGUAAUAAAUUUUCAAGAUGAUAAAAGCAAUUUUAGUCUUCAAUAACCACGGAAAGCCUCGGCUUGCCAAAUUCUACACUCAUUACCAUGAAGACGAACAACAACAGAUUGUCAGAGAAACUUUCCAUUUGGUCUCAAAGCGAGAUGAUAAUGUGUGCAAUUUUCUGGAAGGAGGAAUGAUUGUCGGCAAUGAAGAUUUCAAACUAGUCUACAGACAUUAUGCUACGUUAUACUUUGUUUUCUGUGUGGACUCAUCAGAAAGUGAACUUGGUAUCCUAGAUUUAAUACAAGUAUUUGUAGAGACAUUAGACAAGUGCUUUGAAAAUGUUUGUGAGCUGGAUUUAAUAUUCCAUGUUGACAAGGUGCAUCAUAUUUUAGGAGAGCUGGUCAUGGGAGGUAUGGUUCUAGAAACAAAUAUGACAGAAAUACUGACAAGGAUAGAGGAACAAAAUAAGCUUGAAAAACAAGAGGCUGGUCUAUCAGCAGCACCAGCUAGAGCAGCAGCAGCUGUCAAAAACAUGAACCUGCCAAACAUUCCAACGCCAAACAUCAGCUUGCCCAAUCUUCCUUCAUUCAAGUGAUGUCCACUCCCGCCCUCAUCCAAAACAAGAUAAUACUAUUUAUAAAGUGAUCGUGAUCCAGGUCUGUAAUAUAUCAUAUGUUUGGAGCCAGAAUGCUGUUAUUAAACUCAAAUACAUGUGAUUUAAUACAGAGUUAGUGCCCUUUUUGCUCCAGACAAUGUGCAGUUGGUAAGCUUGAAUUCAAGCAUAGGAUUGGUUUACAAUCCACAGAGAAUUACAUUCCAUAUACCUAAUUGACAAGAUGGCAUAUUUAUGCAUUUCCUCUGCAAUCAUACUGCCCAAAAUGUUAUGAUAUUCUAAAUUUAUAUAUAAUGCUUCGGCAUUUUGUUUUGCUAAGGCAUGAUUCAAUGGGAGACUUUUAUUUUAUUUUUUGUUUGGAUGGUUGACAGUCAAUUAAAAUCAAUUAAAAAAAAAAAUAACCCUUGUUGUGAUGGAGUACUUCGAAAAUGUUGCAGCCUAUAAUGCACAGACCUUAGCUGAAUUUCAUCUACCUACUGUUUCUAUACUGCAAUAUAUUGCUCAUCUGCUUGGACCUAAAAAAAUGUUUAUAAUUUCAGAAUGAGCUAUUUAUUUGGCAAAAAUACAUCACCUAUCUUCAUGUAACCUACCUGUAUGUAUUUUAAAAACUGUAUGUCAAGAAAUUCCAUUGCAACACAUUAUAUUUAUUUCAGGCAGCAUAAAACCUCCCCAGGGAGUAGAGAAUAUGCACACAUUGUGUGCAGGCAAUUUUUAAUCCAAUGAACGGGAUGAUAAUAUCUACUAAAGGUGCAAAGGGCUUUCCAAAAUAAAAAGUCAAUUAGGUAUUUCUUCCUUAGAAUUUGCUGCCCUCUAUAGCUUGUGAAGAUGGCUAUUUGAGCAAAAAUGAAAUAUUAUGAAAACUAGCAUAAAAAAAGAAGAAAAUGUAGCUAGUUUGAUCUUGAGAAAACAAGGUGAAAACAUGUGAUUAAUUUAAUGUUUUUAAAGACUUUAAUAUGACCUUUAAGGUUAUACCUACCUCACAAUGUUUGAGUAAAUAGCUAGAAAUUAUAAUUUGGUAGGUUAUAACGAUCUGUAUGCUAUUCACUUUAUCAUUUUCUCUAAUGGUAGUACCAACUGACCUUUGUCUUUAAAAAAUAGCUUUUUUUAAAUGACAAACUGUCUCACCAAAUUGUUGUGGUAAAAUGUUACAUGCAAAUAUAUGGCAAUAAGCAAUGUAGAGGAACACAUAAAAGACAUAGCUUCCAAUGGCUGCUUCAUGUACCCACUUAUUUGUUGGAUUCAGAAAUAUGAAGCACACUUUACUUAUAUCAUCUUAUUGUGCAAGGGUGUUUUCUUCUUUUGAACAGGGCCAUAGAAUAGAGAGACCUGGACCAUGAUCACAUAUUUUCAACUCCCUCUAUUUACAGUGUAAUUAUAUAUAUUUUAAGUUGUAUUUUACAAAGAAAGCCACUAUUGAAUUUGAUUGUAGCUCAUAAUAUUAUAUCAAUUAUUUCCCCAGAAGUAUAUCCUAGGUAUGAGCAAUUAAAAUUUGUGUACAAAGUGAAGAGUGUAUUUACCUUCUCUUCACUUACAGUGUCUUGAACAUGUAUCGAAGGAUCAGACAUUCGAUUGUGCUCUAAGUGAUGUCAUUUGUCAUAUACUCAAUCUCAUUAUGAUUUCAUGAAUUUCAACCAUUUUUUAUCGCCAAUUUAUUAUGUUGAAUUUUCUUUUGGAAUGCCUAGUCUCAUCAGAUUCGAGCAGAGCGACUGCAGCUCAAAUAGGAACGACAGGUGGGAAUCUAGAUGAAAUUCUAUAAGUAUAUGUACAUUAUGACUAACAUCGGAUGUAUAUACAGUAUCAAUGUGAUACAAUUAAUUAUGAUAAUGUAUAUUGAUGUUCCUCUUCCAUUUAGUAUUUACAAGAAAAUACGAUUUGUUAAAUGUUACAAUCAAUUUGCACAAAUAUGAGUUUGCUGGAAGAGAGUUGAGGACACUGAUUUUACAAUAAAGUGCUUUCACUUCUCGCAUCUAAUAUCCUCUACGAAGUGUUUCUCGAGCAUAAAAACAGGAACGUAACCCUUUCCUCUGGGUGUGUGAUGGCAAAUUGGCUACUCAAAGAGAAAGUGACAAGAAAUGAUUAUAAUUGGAAUUUUUAAACCGCAGACUUAUCAAAUUACUAUUCAUGAUAGUAGUUCUAACUUACCUUAAAAAUUCUACAUAGGCGUAUAGUGGUAGACCUACCAUCAUUUCGCUACCACACUGUUGUCCAUUUUUUUGUUUUCAUGAUGACACUAAUGGACCAAAUAUCACUCUGUACAUUGUUUUUGAAGACAAGCUUUCAAACGAGCCCAUGCAUGUGCAUAUAUGCUUCAAAACGAAGUCAUGUUUGUUGUGACAAAUUGAAAGGACCCUUUUUUCAGUGUAGUUGCCAUCCUAAAGUCAUAACUUACAUGCAAAGUGAAUGAAUGGCAUGUAACAUCUACUGUUCAAUGGAAUGAAUAAUAAAGCAUUCUUUUUAAAAGUAAGAAUAUAUCACUGCAUAGAUAUGACAUGUUCCUUUUAUAAUCCAAAUGUCAUAACCAUAACUUUAACCAACCUGUAAUCUAAAAUUAAUCUAAAUUUGUGAUGUAAUGUUGAGUGACAAUUUUGUAUGAUAAAAAUGUCCUUACAUAUUGUCAUCAAGGACAAAAAAGUGCAAUUUGGUUGUGUGGAAAAGUCACUGUUUUCAUAAAAGGUAGAAAAAAAAGAAAAAAACCAUGAUAGAUUGCUAGAGUUGUUUUGUAGAAGUUUGUACAUGUAAAUCUAUAUUCUAGAUAAAUACCCCAUAGUAAUGUAUCAAUACUAUUUUGUUUAUAUUAGACAUUUAAAUAUGAUGUACAUGUAUAUAUGUAGAAAAAAAGAGGGAAACACUUAUUUAGUAAAAGUUAUGUAUUUGAAUUGAUACAAAAUACCCAUAAUUUAGCAAAUAAUGGAGGUUUUGGUCACAGCCAUGUAGAUGUAUAGUAUUUGAUGCCACUUUAAUUGUCUAAAAUGUGUUUUGUUUUAUUGCACUCCAUCAAAAAAUCUGAAAAGAGAAGAGGGUAAAUUAUUUGUUGGGAACAUGCCAUAACCAUAGUAACCAUUGUUAAUUAUCGAUAUGACUACGGUAUACUUACUAUAAAUUUUCACAGAGCAGUAAUACUGUACCUUUAUAUGUAAUUUUCUUAAUUUUAGGUAGUUAACUAAAUUGAAUAAGAUGUUGAAAAGUCCAAACAUUAUUUACAUAGGGGGUUAUAUAGAGUGUUUGUAAUAAAAUCUUUGAAUUGUGGGUAAUAUUAUCAUAAAGGUAUUAGAUAUAUUAGUGUAUUAUUGAUUGGUUUUAGAAAUUCUCAUCCAAAUCAUUCCUUGUGUAAUUGUAUGCUGAGAAUAAAAAGAUGCAAGAACCAGUGUUUUUUAAAGUUUUUUUUUACAGAUUUGGUACCUUUUAUUGAUCUCAGCCAAUGCAGUAUUCUACACCAAAUUGCGCCAAUGUAAAUGAUGGCAAAUUUGUUAUUACCGGUAGUACUGUUACAUGUGCUUAUAAUAGUUACAAUAGUUUAUUUAUGAAAUUAAGCUUGUUUUAAACAUGAUGCAGAAGACUGAUAGUUUAUCAUUGUAUUUCUAAAAACUUGGAAUCGAAUGGCAAAUGGAGAUAGAAAGAAAGUAGCUUUAAUAGUGUGCGCAACAAGUUUCUACUGCCUACUCACUAUUUGUUUGUUAAAAGAUUAACAAAUGAGAAGUACCGUUAUAUCACAUUUGGGUCAUUAAAAAACAAAAGAAUGGUUGCAGUUACUGCAUCAUAUGUGACUGAUCUCUUUAAGGUGAUUUCGGGAAUCAUGUAGGGGUCAAGGGUCAUGUGCAUAUCAAAUAUGACAGAGAGUACCGUGAGAUAAGAUACAUGUACUUGGAUAAGAAUUUUGGGGAAUUCAAAGUUCAUGUUUGCCCUGCAAGCAAGAUAACAACCAAUAUUCUGUUACUUCAAUAUUUUGUCUUUAGAAAUUUUGCAAGAAAUAUCAUAAAACAAUAUUCUUUAUGAUAGAAAGAAAAUCUACAGUUUGUUUUCUUCUUUUUAAAUCAAACUUGUAAUAAUACAGUACAUGAAGCCACAAUGAUUCUGUUAACCUUGCAACCAUCUGUGAUAAAGCUACACUGCAUUGUAAAUCGUCCACUCUGCAACUAUUACUAUAUGCUGUAUACCUAUACUGAUAUCUUGUUUAGUAGGUCUAAUUGUUAAAACUUUUGAUAGCCAAUUAAUCAGAAAGGCAAAUGUAUCCCAUGUUGAGAUGAUUUAUGGUAUAUCAAAUUAUAUCAAUAAAACAUUACUAGUCCGAUGCACAUGUUAUUUGACAACGAAUGUGAGUGAUAUAUAUGUUGCUUCCAAAUAUGUAAGUUUGUGUCCCCAUUUGUGUUUACAUAGCACAAGUUAUAGAUUACAAUGAUGUGUAGGAAGAUUUUUUUCAUUGUAUCCACUUGUCAUGACAAAUGUAGUACUGCAUAUUCAUUUACAUUUAUUUCAGUGUACAUUAUGUGUAGCAGCGCAGAGAUGAAUGAUAUCCCUACCUGUCAAUAAAUUUGCAGUAUGUAUUGUACCUUGGUCACACUGGAGCUACUUGUCUCCACUCUUUAUUAAUAUCUUUUAGAUUUAACAGUUUAUAAUCAUAAUACAACUAUUGUCCUUUAAUCCUGUAAUACCAAAUCAGAAGAAUCUAUAGCUUUAAGUGUUUAUUUAAGUUAGAAGCCAAUAGUACGAAAUGCUGCAAAUAUUCUAAAUAAUUUCUGUUCACAUCACUUUAUCUAAGAUAUUUUUAAAACUUUGUGUUUUCUUGGGCUAGACAAUUUCCGUUUAGCCUGAACUAGGAGCUAGGAAACAAGAAUUUACAAACAUGUUUGGAUCAUCAAGGACAUAUCUUUUUAACUGUUUGAUUCACAUGUGCAUAUUACUGUUCUUUGUUAAAAAAUAUUCAUGUGUUAAGGAUUACCCUAGAGGUCAUUUUGUGAGCUUGUCGUCAUGGUGACCAAUAAUAACAUAGCUUUGAAAGCCAUGCCUGCUUAGUCCAUUAACUUGGGCAAGCCAAAGUGUGAGAAAUUUCAUUGAUCAGCACUUUUUGUAGUUUAAAAACAUCCAGUUACGAAAUAUAAACUACUGUUUACAUUGCUUGAAUAAGGAGUGCUGAACUUUUUUCAGUUAAAGAUCAAUACUUGUUAAUGCUUGUCUGAAAUAGCAGCAUAUCAGCAACUAUCAUGUAAAAUAUGUUACACAUUAUUAGCAAUAAAAUAGACAUGUAACCCAUCUCUUUAGUUUUUAGUGGCAUUAAGAAAAUAGAACCUCUUGUGUAUUGCUAUAAUUUGGAGAAAAAAACAAUAGAGUACCGUACUGUUCACAUGAGAUAAAAGUUUUAUAAGAAUAUAAAGACAGGGGUAAAAAUAAAGAUUACCCCAUGAACUAUGGGUUUUAGAGCUUUAGUUAAGACCCAUGCAAUGAUUUAGAAAUUGCACUUGAAUGUUAAUAUCUAUAAAUCCAUUUGUUACAUUCCUAUAUAUUUUGCAUGAUAUUUCAGCAUUUAUUGCUAAUUUGGUAGAAGUGUUUACAUGGGUGUAAAUCAUAUGUGAUGUAGGUACUAAUAAGGAUUAUGUUGCAACCAGUACUUAAUUGACACACGAAGCAUUUAGUUCUAUUGUCUUUUCCCUGUCUGUCUGUGAGUCCAACCAUUAUUUUGACAAGGAGAUGUUGAAUUAGAAAAGGCGGCAUACUGGGGUGCAAGUGGUUUUGUAAGUUCAACAGUAUUUACGUAUAUUUUAUGUGUACAUAAUAUGUGCUAUUUCAUUUUUCCUGGUAAAUGAUCAAAUUAUUACAUCAUUUCAUUAACGAUAAACAGAAUUGUCAAAGUUUAGGUGAGUAGGGCACUUAACACAUUCAGAAUAUAGAAACAGAAUAUCAUUAUCGCUAUUUACUGUGUAAUUGUGCAGUAAAGAUGUUCUGUUUGUUGGCACCAGAAUGUAUGCCCUGCUUGCCUUCAGUUGAGUUUUGUGAAACUUUGUUUCAUCUACCAUUUCACUUAGCAGUGAGUAUAUCUUGAUUUUGUGAUUACAAUUUAGAAAAUAUAUUAAAUAUUUGUUGAAACCUCAA